CUUCUUGCAUCACCAGCCUCAAUACUGUGUCUGGGCAAUUUCUCAAGACUUAUCUGAUUUGCCCUCGGGUCAAAGCCGGGUGCAGAGGGAACUCCCAUUCUCCGAAGGGCGGCCUUCAAGGACACAGAGCCGGAAUCCACGACACCUUGGGUGACAGCCUGUCCCUGCGUUCUGCACCCCAGCCGCUGGGCCCCACGAGCCAGCCGAGCAGUGAUGGCCUCUGAAGCCAGGAGCCCGCAGAAGCUGGGAGAACAGCCGUGACGCGAUGCCCGCUGUGGGAACAUUUCCUCCAGACCGAGGCCGGGAGGGCCCCGGCAUCCCACUGCCUUCUCCAUGCCCCUCUCAGGGGUCCUCCUGUCCACCGAGUCUGCGCCUCCAGUGUCAGACGGGCUCCUUGGUGGUGGACAUUCUGGCUCCUGCCAGCAGGUCACCAGGUCCAGACAGCAAAAACGUACAAGGGGUUAGGACUUGGCACUUGGAGAAGGUUCGAGAGUUCCUGGCACACAGGAAAGACCGUUCUGAGCCCCAUCUGCAAGUGCUUGGCCUGGGGUAGGGUCCCUGGAGGUGGGGGAGAGGAGGGCGAGUGGGUCCACCCUGUCCUGGAGGGGAGGGGACAGUUGCAGGGAGGGGAGGAGGAAGCAUGGCCAGGCCCUUCCCGAGGUGGGAGGGUGCCGGAUUUUCCCCAGGCGUGGCCCGGGGUAUAAAGGGCGCCGCAAGCCGGCUGCAGCCAGGGCAGCCACAGGUACGCCGGGACCGCCAGGUGCGCCGCCGCCGAGCCCGGAACCCAGCCCCCGCUGCGAUGGUGAGCCGCUCCUCUCCCCGCCCUCCAGCCUGGACGGUGCCGCCCGGCCUGCCGCCCGACACCCAGGCUGACGACGUGGCGGCAGGGUCCAGGAAGCCGCCCAAAUCUGGGGGCAAAAGGGAGCCAGGAGCCCAGACACCCCCGGGCCUCCGUUUCCCGACCUGUAGAGGGAGGCUACGUCCCCCCGCCCGCUUUCCACAGGGAGCAGAGCCAGCGGCGGGCAGGGCGGGGCCCCUCCCCGGGGCGCCGCUGACCCCCCGCCGCCUGGUCCACCAGUCCCUCCGUGUCCUCCUGCUCCUGCUCUGGCCGCCCACCAGCCUGGCUCUCCACAGCCCCCCACUCCGGCCGGGGGCCCGCACCCACACAGCCGGGACCCCGCGCUGCUACUCGGCGGCGGAGCUGCCCCUGGGCCACACCCCUCCCCACCUGCUGGCUCGAGCGGCCAAGUGGGAGCAGGCGUUGCCGGUGGCGCUGGCGUCCAGCCUGGAGGCGGCGGGCCGCAGGGGCCGGCACGCGGGAUCGCCGGCCGGGAACCAGUGCCCCGUGCUGCAGCCCGAGGAGGUGCUGGAAGCUGACGUCCACCAGCGCUCCAUCUCGCCCUGGAGAUACCGCGUGGACACGGACGAGAGCCGCUACCCCCAGAAGCUGGCCUUCGCUGAGUGCCUGUGCAGGGGCUGCAUCAGCGCCAAGACGGGCCGCGAGACAGCUGCGCUCAACUCGGUGCCGCUGGUCCAGAGCCUCCUGGUGCUGCGCCGUCGGCCCUGCUCCCGGGAUGCGGCGGGGGUGCCCACGCCCGGGGCCUUCACCUUCCACACCGAGUUCAUCCGAGUGCCCGUGGGCUGCACCUGUGUCCUGCCCAGGUCGGCCCGGUGAUCACUGGCUCGGCUCCUGGACUGGCCUCCAGGGACGCCCCUCCUAUUUAUGUGUAUUUAUCGGGUAUUUAUGUGCCCCCCUGGGGCCCUGGGCAGGUACCGAGGCUCCAGGUCUCUGCUUUGAGACCUGGCCUGGGAAGGGCCCAGUCCCCGGUGCCUGGGGGAUGACCCUGUGCUGGGCAGCCCCCAGCUCGAGAGGCAGUUUAUCCUUUGACAAAAACAGCUGGGCUAGAAGGAACAUUCUCACUCUUCUGGAACUUGCUAAAACACCUACAGAAAAGGGAAAAGGUGUUCCGAUGGCCACCUCCACUUCCUGGCCCCCUGGGCUCCCCUCACCCCAGCCCCCUGGGAGGAACAAGCACCCCUGUGUUUCUAAAACAGCUAUUUAUUUUACACGUGAAUACGCGUUGUCUCACUGCUAAACAGUAUCUCAGAGCACAGCACUGGCUGGCACAGAGGGCAGUGGGUGAAGCCACUCUCUCACCCUCUACCCUGCCUGGUCGUUAACACCCAGCUGGUCCCCCAGGGGCAGCCACUGGCCCAGAUCGUGGUGUGUCCUUCUAGGAAGGUCUAUGCAUGGACCCAGGUGCACCCAGGGCGGGGUUAUGUUUUAACAGAGUGGAGCCCAGGUGUGCCCCGCUGGCCAUGCAGUAGCUCCCGGGUCUGGCGAUGGGACUCAUUCCCAAAGCCCAGCCCUCUCCCCACAGACGUGGGUGUGGCCCCUGGGGACUACCUCCCUACCCCAUGGACAGGUAUCCAGGGGUGACUUCCCGGGGGUCCGCUCAGGGGGACAUGUCUCUGUAGCCUGGCUGAGUCAUGCUCCCCCAACCCCAGCAGAGGCCCAGGCAGCUCUGGAAACCCCCUUGGGCUUCUGUCCACCACGGGUGACCUGCCAGACGAGGGGCAGCCAAGCUAACGGGCACCUCCCAGCUCAGGCACCCAGCCAGCCACCUGAGAACCACCUGACCUAUCACGACAGAAGGUCCUGGCUCAGAGCACGUUUUGGGGCAAUGAGUUCAGGGGCCCAGGAGUGCGUGGCCUCAGCAGUUCUGGAUCAGCUACGAUGCCCGCUUUGGAGCCUCAGUCCCCACGCCUGUGACGCACGUCAGCUCUAAGGGCUGUGGGGCUGCAGGGCAGUUGUCUGCACCCCCCUGCCACUUUCACCUGCUGACUGACACCUACUGUGUGUAAGGCCCAGGAAGAGGGGAGGGGUCUCAGAAGGCUACCCGGAGGAGGUAACCUUUAUCUUGAGCUUGGAAGGAGUCUUCAAUCAGCACUUACUGAGUUUCUGCCCUGUGCCCAGGACCGGGAUCAGAGCUGUGAACAAAAUGGAUAGCUCCCCACCUGCCCCGUGGGUGACCGACCACCACGGCCCCACCUGGGCCGGUUGGUGGUGAAGGGAUAAGGGAAGGGAGAGGGGCUGCAGUGGUGGCCACCUGGGCACCACCUGAGUGGCCAUCCGGGGCCCAGUGCUCCAGGCAGAGGGGAUGGCCUGUGCAGAGGCUGAGAAGGUGGCCUGCCUGUGCCCGGGGGGGCAGUGUGGCUGGAGCCCAGUGGGCGGGGUGACAAGGGCCACAGCAGGUGCGGGCGGGGGCCGGAGACAGUGUCCGUCCUGGGCUAUGGGAGCCUGUGGGCUCCGAGCCGGGCACCGGGCGGGACAGGGCAGUGCUGGGAGUGGCCUGGGAGUGGGGGCGGAGGAACGGUGGGCUGACUGGAUUUAUGCUGAAGACGAAGAGUGUUGGCUGACAGGCAGUGUGCCCUCCAGGCCAGAGGUCCCUAGAGACCCCCAGCUCUGAAAGUGUGAGAGCAGGAGGCGAGCGAUUUAAGGGCUUUUCCAGACUUCGGGGGAGUGGGUGCCGGGGAAGGAAGGGGCUUCCCAGGCUGGGGUGUGAGCUGAAGCCAGGCAAAGCUUCGGGGCCACAGGGGCUCCUGGCCCCGCCAUGGCUACUGUGGUGUGUGUGCGGUGUGUGCGAGGGGGGCAUGUAUGGUGUGAGGGUGUGUAUGUGUUAACUGAACCCACUUUGGGUUCACUCACCCACUGAUUAC